AUGUACAACCGAUGCUGUACACGCGUCCGGUCAGCUGCUGGCACCACCGACAAGUUCAGUGUCACGGUAGGCUUGCACCAGGGAUCGGCUUUAAGCCCUUACCUCUUCCUGCUUGUUAUGGACGCUCUGUCGUCAGACAUACAGGAGGAGGCACCCUGGUGUAUGCUGUUUGCCGAUGACAUUGUGCUUGUUGGUGAAAACGAACUUGAGGUGCAGAGCAGACUUGAGAAAUGGCGGCAAAAAUUGGAGAAUGUUGGCCUAAAGAUCAGCAGAUCUAAAACGGAACACAUGUUCUGCGAUUUUGGCGGUCUCUCCAGUUUUGCUACCAUAGAACUCGACGGCGUUACACUGCCGGUCUGCUCCGACUUUAAGUACCUCGGUUCGCUCGUACAGUGCGAUGGCGAUAUUGACCGUGACGUGAAAACUGGAUUAGCACAGGAUGGAUGA